AUGUUAGGGUCCAUCGAUUGUAUGCAUUGGGAAUGGAAGAAUUGUCCAAUGGAAUCACAGGGCCAGUACAAGGGGCAUGAGAACAAGCCAACUAUAAUUUUAGAAGCUGUUGCAUCUUAUGACCUUUGGUGUUGGCAUGCAUUUUACGGGAUGCCUGGUUCUCAUAAUGAUAUCAAUGUUCUUCAUCGGUCUCCUCUAUUCGACAACCUGGCAGAAGGUAGAGCUCCAGAGGUGAACUAUACAAUUAAUGGCCAUGAGUACAAUAUGGGGUACUUCCUCGCAGAUGGUAUUUAUCCCCUAUGGGCGACUUUAGUCAAGACCAUCUCAGCUCCUAUGGGGAACAAGCAGAAGUAUUUUGCAACAGCACAAGAAGCAGCAAGGAAGGAUGUUGAAAGGUUUUUUAGCGUACUGCAGGCAAGGUUUCCUAUCAUUAGACAGCCAGGUCGCAUGUGGGACAGGGAGACACUUGCGUUGAUCAUGAGGGCUUGUAUUAUCAUGCACAAUAUGAUUGUUGAAGAUGAAAGAGUCGUCGACCCAGAUGUGCGGUUCCCGGAUGUUGCUGAAAAUGUGCGUCCUUCUCAUGGCACGUCUACUCGCACACUUGCUGAAUUUAUCGAGGCCCAUAAAAAGAUCAGAGACAAGCCAACACACUUUCAGUUGAAAGAAGACCUUAUCGAGCACCUAUGA